CAAUUCAUAAAGUAUUUUCAAAUGUUGAACAAAUGACUUUUCAUAAAACCCAAUCUGAUUCAUCUUUAUUCUUAUUAAAUAAUUUACCUAAAUUAUCAACAUUGACCAUUCAUUUUUAUCAGUCGGAAAUACUACGCGAUAUGAAACAUGUUAUGUUAAUGGCAUUUGGUUUUUGGGUUAGUCGUGACGACAUUAAUACGUAA